GGUGUCAUGUUUCAUUUCCCGGGUGGGAUUAGUUCACUUCGGUCCUGUUUUGGUUCUGUGUUGAAGCCCUAACGUGGCGCUGCCUGUUACUUCUUCAAACUCUGAAAUUUCACCGAAUCAAGUUCUGCUGUUGCUGUUGCUGUUGCUGUUGCGGAGGAUAUAUAAUUCGGCUUUUCUUACCCUCGGGACCAUCUGCCAGGUGCCCAGCCUUGACAAGCCUCCGUCCGUACCAUUACCAUACCAUUAUUGUCAACAUGAAGACAGAGAGGGAGGACAUCAUUUUUCAGGCUCUCCUCUUAAUCCACAUCCCUGUGGCCUGCCUCUUCACUGCAGUGUCAGGUCAGUCUGACAGCAGCAGCAGUGUGGUGGUUGCAGGCUAUAAUGUGAGCGCCCCCGCUGGGUCAAGGGUGGUGCUGCAGUGUGUGAGCGGCCGUAUGGUGUGGACCAGGGACACGGUGAGGGACAGGCAGAGGGUGGUCCACUGGGAUAUGUACCGGGCCCGUCCAGACUACGCCAUGGAGAGGGUGCUGGACAUGUUCUCUGCAGGGGACCAGAGGAUCUACAACUCCUACAACCUGGGCAGGGUCGGCCUCAGCCCAACAGCCUUCAGGGAUGGAAACUUCUCCCUGGUCAUCAAAGACGUGACGAUGAAUGACAGAGGUCUGUACUCUUGUAACCUCCACCAUCUCUACUGCCACCUGUACGAGACAGUCAGAGUGCAGCUCAAUGUCACAAAAUCGCGUCGUAAAGAGCAGCGCUUCUGGGAUGGACAAAAGGCAGUGUACGUGGUGUUGCUUGGUAGUACUGUGGUGUUGCCGUGCAUCAACCGACGUAGCGUGUGGACAGACUGGAGCAACGAGGAGGAGGACCAGCAGGUGGUCCACUGGGACCGUCAGUCCCCAGGAGUCCACCACGACCGCGCUGACCGGCUGGUGGACCUGUACGCCUCUGGGGAGCAGCGUAGCUACGGACCGCUGUUCCUACAGAGGAAGAUGAACAUCAGCAAUCAAGCCUUCUCAGAGGGAGACUUUUCACUUUCCAUAUCUGAUCUGCAGCCCACAGACAAGGGAAUGUAUUCCUGCCACCUCCACCACCAUUACUGUGGUCUGCACGAGAGAAGAGAGUUUCAGGUCACAGUGGUAGCACCAGUGAUUCAGACCAUCCUGCCAGCCAAAGCACUGCCCAGUGAAGACAAAGACACCCCUAAGGUUGAGUCACCGCGAGUCAUCAAUGUCAUUCUGCCGGACCAGAGACACCACUUUCUCCUCCCGCUGGGCUAUGUCCUCACCUCCUUCCUGCUCCUGGCUUUCGUUAUCCUCAUCAUCAUCCUCAUCACACGCAGACGUAGACCCAAAGAGUUUUAUCCGCAGACAUCCAUGAGGUCCAGCAGAAGUCACAGCAGCUCAGAAGAGUUUGAGAUGGACGUUACUGAAGUGAAUGUGUGCAGUUGGGAGGAGAGAUUUGACUACAAGAACAACCUGCUAAGAGAGAAGGUCCACAUGAACACUCAGCCUAAAGUCAUUGAUCUUGACAAAGAAAUGCAGAAAUUUUCUAAGUGAGGAAAAGACAAACUGGAGUCACUGGCUGGUCCAGAGGCUGCGCUCCAAACUAAACACCUCCACACUGCCUUCUGUCCAGGCAGGAGAGACAGCAAUGUAUAAAAUGUUGUGAAAUGCAGAAAACCAUUUAAAAAAAAAAAAAAAACAAACCGCUCACAUUGAGGCCUUGUGUUUUUAAAUUGUCAGUAUUAGAGACAAAGGAAAACAGUUUUCUUUAUUUGUACUUGAUCAAACUAAAAAGACUGGACUUGGACCACUGUGUACGGCACAAUAGCGUCACCGAGAGGGGAGUCUAAUCCCAGCCUUGACUGUUAAAUGAAGGCGCAAUGAGGUCAUACAUUGAAUGAAGUUGUGACUGAGUAAAUUUGAAUGAUCAGUUAGUACAGCUUUGAUCAGUAUUCCUCAAGUUUAAAAAAAAUAUAUUUUCACUUUGUUCUUCUCUGUUUUACACACCACUGAAGCGCUACUAUCAGUGUGUACUGCUUCCUGUAGGCUAUAUGAUUGUAUGCUAACUGACCAAUGAAGCAGUGUAUGCAAAAAAAAUAUUUUGAUGCUCAGACUGUAUUUUAUUUGGAAUGUUACUUUUUUAUAUGUAUUAAAAUUCAAUGUUUGAGGCAGA